AUGUCACUCCAGAGCGCGGCAGACGUGCCGCUUCUCAUUAGCUCUCCCAAUUCGUCCUCAGAGCGCCGUAUAUCGCCGUCGUGGUCUGUUGCGCAGCUCAAGGCCCGCCUGGAGCCCAUCACCGGUGUGCCCGCCAGCAGUCAACAGCUGUCGCUGCGCGUGGGCUCUCAGGAUGCCGUCGCCCUCACGGCCGCCGACGAGGAACAGACGCGUCUUGCUGCCUUUCCGCUGCAGCCGUAUGCGGAGAUAACCGUCGUUGACACUCGUCCGCCGGGUGCGAGGACGGACUUCACCGACCUGUCGUCCGUUGAGAAGUACGAAAUGCCCGCUGCUGAGUACGAGCAUCGGACCGACAGCGUACUUGCAUGGAAGAAGGCGCAAAAGCUGGGUCGUUUUGACCCCGAUGCUCCCAGCAUCGAGCAGCAAAAGAUCCGCGCCUCAGAACGGGAGGUAGAGGAACGAGGCCUUUCUGUAAACGGUCGUGUUCGCCUCCUACCCGAGUCAGAUGCGCGUCGGGGAACCAUCUCCUAUAUUGGCCUUGUCCCUGAGAUACCGGGUAUAGGCGUCUGGAUCGGCGUCACCCUCGACGAACCGACAGGCAAGAACGAUGGCAGCGUCAAGGGCAAGCGAUACUUUGAGUGCGCCAGCAAUUACGGCGUCUUUGUGCGACCUGAACGCUGCGAGGCCGGCGAUUUCCCCGCCCUCGACAUGGGGGAUGAGGAUCUGGAGGAGCUGUGA